AUGGCAGCUUCGAAAGAAGAAAUAAACAUCCUAUUACUCGGUGAAACUGGAGCAGGAAAAUCUACAUUCAUAAACGCCCUCGCAAAUUAUUUUAAAUUUAAUAGUUUCAAUGAUGCAAUUUUCGGUGACAUAGACGUAUUAAUCACAUCCAGAUUUACGAUAACAAACGAUGACUACGAAAUGCAAACGAUAACGGUAACUAGCGAAGAUGAAGAUGAAUAUUACAUAGUGGAUAAAGUAGGGGAGUCAUCUACUCAAAAAUGUGGUGUUUACGUGUUUGAAGCAGAUGGAGGUAGAGUUAUAAGAUUGAUUGAUACACCUGGUAUAGGCGAUACCAGAGGGAUUAAACACGAUGAAAAAAAUUUUGAAAAUAUCUUAAAGAAUAUAAGUCAACACGAAUAUCUGAAUGGGAUCUGUAUACUCCUUAAACCUAAUAAUGCACGAAUGAAUAUAACAUUUAAAUUUUGCAUACAAGAGUUAUUAUCACAUCUUCAUAAAAAUGCUAAGGACAAUAUUGUCUUCUGUUUUACAAACACGAGAGGAACAUUCUUUCGCCCAGGAGAUACACUCCCAGUAUUAAAGAGACAACUCCAGGAAUUUAAAGAAAAAUUUGAAAUCGAAAUAAACAUUCAUAAAGAUAUUAUAUAUUGUUUUGAUAAUGAACCAUUUAGAUUUCUGGCAGCAAAUAAGAAAGGAAUGAAAUUUACAGAUGAUGAAAAGGAAAACUUCGCAUCUAGUUGGGAAAAAUCUGCGAAAGAAUCCGAGAGACUUCUUAGGCACAUUAAAAACUGUACACCUCAUAAAAUAAUUGAUACAGUAUCACUCAACAAUGCCAAACAAACAGUGCUAUUACUUCGCGAACCUCUUGCAGAAAUAGGCAAAAAUAUCCAAGAAAACAUUGUUGAAAUUAGAAAGCUAAAAGAAGAAAUACAAAGAAAUGAUUUCACUAAUCAGGAGCUUAAAAAUAAGUUGUAUGUUCCACAUAUAGAGCUUAAGAUAAUACCAUUAGAUCGACCUAAAAUUGUAUGCAACAGUAGCGAAUGUCAAGCACAUUAUAUCGGUACAACAACGAGAAUCUGCCAUGUUAAAUGGAAAGACUUACACAAAUAUAUACUAGAUCUUUAUGGGACUAUGAUUUUUGGAAAAUGUGCAUCCUGUGGUUGCCCUGCGAAAAAUCAUAAAAUAAUUUAUUAUAAGAGCAUAACUGAAUAUUCAGAAAAUAUUGAUGAAAAUGUAGAAAAUGAACUAUCAGAAAACAAAAUAGAGCAAAUUUACAAACAAGAUCAUAUAAAAAUGCUCCAAGAAAAGAUCGACCAACUCAAAGAACAACAGGAUAAAGUCAAUCAAAUUAUAAUCAAGUUUACGCAAUUUCUAAUGCAAAAUGCAAUAGCUGCUUUCAAUGAUGCAUAUGUGGAAUAUCUUGAUUAUAUUAUACACCUUGAAAGAGAGAAGGCUAAUACUUCCGAAAAUUACGACAAUAAUAUUCUUGAAGCGCUAGAGGAAAUAAAAAUAAAUUAUGACGAAGAGGUGAAAGUUAUUAAAGAGAUGAUUGAAAAUAAUGAGUCCUCCUCGUGCUCGCUUUCUUCUGAGGACAUACUGGAGCUUGAACAACAAUUAUAUGACUUACCAAAUGUCGGUAAAUAUUUACAAGCUAUAAAAGAAGAAGAGAAAAAAGCAUUCAAGUAUCGAGAAAGACGUCACAAACUCACUAACAUGCUGAAUUCCUUAACAAAAGUUUUUACAAAAGCAAAUAUAUGGAAUUGUAGUUGA